AUGUCGACGAAGAAGAAUGAAACCUCCCACAACCUCCAUAAAAUCGGUGGAUGGAUGCAUCCAGACCACGCUGCUCACCGUGAAUGGCUCGGCGAUCUUAUCAAGCACGUCGACAAAAAAGAACAUACCUUGCACCCAGUCCUGGAAGAAUUCAAACACUUAAUCGAAACCAACACCCGAGUCUACAUGCUCAUUGAAGGCAUGCUCGAAGAAGUCCCUCACAAAAGGCCCUACCGACAAGACCCUACCGGCCACCCCGAGAUUCGCGACUAUCACCAUUUCCUCCGCGUUCUCAACCACCUUCUCACCACCGCACCAUCAUGGACUGACAAAGCUCACCGAGUCGGCCUAGUCGGUUUACCCAUCAACGCACUGCUAGAUUGGCCCAUGGGCACACCUAGCGGCUAUGCGGCAUUCUUGGACCCAGAAAUCAACGCAAUGCUAAAGAAGAUCCUCAAUGCAUGGGGCGACUUCCUACGCUCACCCGCCUCCGCCGACGUCCUAGGCUCAUCUUCUCUCGAAUGGUUCGGCGAAACGGGAUACAGUCAAUUAACAGCCGCGGCAAAGAUCGGCCCAACAGCAGCAGAAAAUCUCGAGUUCCACCAAAUGUUCAAAUGUGACCCGUCAGCGCCAAAUCACGGCUUCAAGUCCUGGGACGACUUCUUCACGCGAACAUGGCAUGAUGGCAUGCGUCCAGUCGCAGAGCCUGGAAAUGGCAGUGUCAUCGCUAACGCGUGUGAGUCAAAGCCGUACCGAAUCGCUCAUAAUGUCAAGGCUCGUGAUCGAUUCUGGAUCAAGUCUCAGCCCUAUUCCGUUCUUGAUAUGCUGGGCCAUGAUCCUCUCGCUGAGCAGUUCGUUGGUGGAACCAUUUACCAGGCGUUCCUGAGUGCAUUGAGUUAUCACCGUUGGCAUGCACCCGUCUCUGGAAAGGUGGUUAAAGCUUAUGUGGUUGACGGGACUUAUUAUUCUGAGCCACUAUUCGAGGGUGUUGGGAAUCCGGCUGCUCAUUCUCAGGAUAUUGAUCUUGAAGGCCAAGUCAUCUCCCAGGCGUAUAUUACUGCGGCUGCAACACGUGCACUGAUCUUUAUUGAGGCGGAUGAGCCUGCUAUCGGGCUUAUGGCGUUCAUUGGGGUGGGGAUGGCGGAGGUCUCGACUUGCGAUAUCACUGUCACGGAAGGUCAGCGUGUUGAGAAGGGUGACGAGAUUGGCAUGUUCCAUUUUGGUGGGUCUACUCAUUGUCUGCUUUUCCGGAAGGGCGUCGAUAUUUCUGGAUUCCCUGAGCCUGGAAGGAAGGAAAAUGUGCCGGUUUGUAGCCGGUUGGCUUCCGUUGCUUAA